AUGACGCGGGACUCUGGCGAGGAGCAGGACAAGGGCAUGUCCCCCUCCGAGGAUGAAGUUGACGCCGACGAGGACGCCGAUGACGACGAGGAUGCUCCCGAAGAGGCCCAGCCUGCGUCCCCGGCUCCUCGUCGCGGCCGUGCGUCUGCCGCUGCGGGAACCAAGACUGCUGCUAAGGGCGGGGAACCUCCGCGUGCCGCUGCCAAGACCCGUAACUUGCAUCCUGUUAAGCGGAGCGUGUGGUCCCCCCGCGAGAACACAAUCUUCGUGGCUGCGCGUUGGUUCAUGAAGGACGAGCUCGGGCCCCUCCUCGGGAAGCAGGGCUCUCAGUACUUGGCCCGCCUCGCGCGUCACCUCGAGAAGGAGAAUCCCGGUUGGGUGCGCGGUGUAAACGCGCUUCAGAAGCAGUGGCGCAAUCUUGUGAACAUGUACAAGCAGAUCAAGAAGGGGGAAAAGGUGAGCGGCAAGGGUGCCGUGUGCAAGCCCCACUGGUACCCGUACAUGGCGCUUUUCCAGAACAACAAGGCGGUGGGCAACCCUGACGCCGUCGACGGUGGCGGUGCGGCACACGGAACUCCUACAUCGAAGCGCCCACGUGUGGCAGAGACGGCGACGAUGGCCACUGCAAAGCUGGUGUGCGAGACGAUCAAAGGCUGCCACUCAGACGCCAUGAGCAGGCUCGAAGGCCUCGUCCGCGCGUGGAUGGAUCAGGACGCGCGUAUUGCUCGGGAACGCGUGCAGCAGCCCGCACCCUCCCCGCAUGUCCGCGACGACAUCCCUGCCCACGCGGACAACAUGACCGACUCGCACGCCGCCGAAGGCGGCGACGACGGCUGGCUUCGUCGCGGGCAGGCGGGCGAAGACCCCUCUAACCCAGAUGCGGGUGAGGAGGUGUGGGUCCGCGGCGCCGCCGAGUGA